ACGAUAGUUCAAUCAUUUACUGCAGGAUACGUUUAAGCGGAAGUUGUGGGAGUUGUUGAUUCCAGUUUGAAACAUGAAAUUCCGAUUUUGUGGAGACCUUGACUGCCCAGAUUGGGUUCUUGCAGAGAUAAAUAUCCUAUCUAAAUUGACAUCUGUUAAAAUGAGACUCUUGUGUGCUCAAGUUAUCAGUAGCAUCUUGACAGCAAACAUUGAUUAUGAAAAGGUAGCAAAAAUUACUGCUGAUGCAAAAUUUGAUAUUGGUGACAUCAAGGCUAGUAUUGCUGCGCUGUAUUUCAUCAUCAGGAGUGCAGCCAAAUGUGAUGUUGAUAGUGAUACACUUUCCAAUGAGCUUCAACAGCUGGGGCUGCCAAAAGAACAUUCUACACCACUUUGUAAACUCUAUGGUGAUAAUGUAACCAAGUUUCAGGAACAGUUACGCAAACAAAGUUUACGAAUAUCACAUAUGAACUCAAUUCAGUGGCGGGUUGAUUAUGUUAUCAGUUCGAAAUCACUAAAGACAGUAAACAAACCAAAUGUACAGAUAUGUUUAAAAGUCGUAAACCCAGACACAGGAAACUCAAAACCAGUUGUAUUUAAUAUGUCUGCAGAAAAAUUUCGUGUUUUUCUAAAUGAACUAAAACAAGUUGAUACCAUAAUGGACAACCUGAAUUCAUCAUAACAAAUAAUGUACAGCUGUCUCCUUGGCAAAUGAAUUCUCUGCAGAAACAGUUCAGACUUGGUGCUCUUAGGAAAACCCCAAAUAGAUAGCACAAACUACUUUUUCCUUUCCCCAAUCUCAAUUGGCUUAAUUCAGAAAUCAUCUGAUUCACAGUUGUAUCUUUUUCCUGUCCUUAGAUAAGGCAUGAAUGUCACAACUUUUGUAUGGUUAAGGCUGACCAAUGAUUACAGAAUCUAUUUUGCAUAUUUAGUAGAGGUUAUUAACAAGAUGGUACACCAACAUUCUUCAGAGAUACAUGAAUAUAACGACCUCCUUACCAGCAUUAAAAUCAAUUAUUAUUUAUAUUAUCAAACAUUGCACUAUACACAUAUUGAUAUUUAGAAUACUACCUUUUUACAUUCUGAAUGAAGCCAUUUUGUUUAUGCUACUAAAGAUUUAAUAAAGGCAUAAACAUCAUAAACAUAUCACCAGCUGUGCAUGGUUGACCUUAGUCUUCAGUUUAGUUUCAGUUUUAUGCAGAAAGUACUUAACCUACUUUGCUAAUAUAUCUAAAUGUCACAACUUCCUGUCCCUCCAUUCUAAAUAUGAACUCUGACUGACUUUUAAUACUAGAGAGAUGUGGAUUCAUGACAAAUAAAAUACCUUGUGGUGUUUCAAUACAACCUUUUAGAUUCUAAGAUUAAAUCCCCCUGGUGUCAACUUUACCUUCCAUCCUUUGGUGCGGUUAAGGAAAAUAAAGUUUUUGGUAAGUAUUAUGGAGGCAAUAUAAUUAACUGUUUCCUCAAUGUAAAUUUCUGGCCUUGUGCCUAUAUUGGAAGCAAUUAUUAAUAGAGGAUGAUGGGUGGGAGAAUCUUUAGUGUUGGACAAAAUGCUUUGCUGCAUUUAGUUAAAGCUGAUUAACGUUCUGCAAUCAAAUCCCUCUAAGAUGAACUUUGCCUUUUGUCCUUCCAAGGAUUAAUAAAAUAAAUUUCUUAUCAAAUACUGGGGUUGCUGUAAUCAACCACACUCCUCCUCUAAAUUGAAAGCCAUGUGCCGAUAUUAGAAAUUCUUCAUUAUUAUUAUUAUUAUUAUUAUUAGUAGUAGUAGUAGUAGUAGUAGUAGUAGUAGAACAUUCAUUGAUGUAUUGUUGUUGCCUUGACUACUUGCCCAUAGAGGGAUGAUAGGUUUCAGUAUGUGAGACAAUAGAUGAGGGCAAAUUUAAGCCUGCUGGUUCCACUAGUAGCAGGGGGCAGUUGUUUGGUAGAAUUACCAUAAUCAACUUUAUCUAUCAUUUGUUUGAGAUUAGGUUCAAUGGUAUAAGCUCUCUUUCCUUAAGAAAUAGGUGGCUUUAUUCCUGAUUUGGAACAAUUGUUAAUUGGACGUGGAGUGAGAGAAUUAGUUGUAUCAUAUUUAGUUACAACCAUUUAACUUUUUUCAUUGAAAUUCAACCAAGACAGAUUUUUCCCUUCAUCCUUCUGGGACCAAUGAAUUACUGGAGGAAUCAACUGAGUCAAUUACACUCCUCCCUAGAAAUGUGUGUUCUUGUAUCUGUUUAAAAAUCGAAUUACACAUAAAGGUGGUUGAUGACAAUGGAUAAAGCACCUGACAAUAUUUAGAUAUAUCUAUUUAUUUUCUGAGUUCAAAUCUCACUGAGACUCUUUCAGCCUUGCAGGUUGAAAAAAUAGUCACCAGGUCAUAUAUUGUAUCCCAUUUCCUUGGCUUUGUGCCAAAAUACAUACUAGUAAUACACUGAAUUUGGUACACCAUCAUACACAACGCCCUGCAUCUAGUUGAAAGACAUUUUUAUGUUGACAUAGUUUGGAAAGAAGUCCAGCCUUGUGACAAACAAGAAUAUCAAAUACUUGCUCCCGUCCCCUAUCUUUUGUAAUAUUAAAGUUCUGAAUAAAUACAGGUACAACACUGACUUUCCGGACUCUGAUGGUCCAGAACCUCUUGUAAUCCACACUACUUUAUGAACAGGAACUUCAAAUUCUCACAGUUGCCAGACUAGCUUACUUGGUAGCUCUAUACUUCAUUUAAUUAAGUAAAUUUAAUUUAUUUAAUGUAGAGGUGACCACCCUUGGUUUGGAAAAAUCAGUCGUCUGAAAGUUUCCAGACAAUCAAUGUAAAAAUAAAAUCAAGCUACAAUGCUUCAUAUAAGUAAAUAAAUACUAAUGUCUUUUAACUGUUUUUGUCUCCCCAAAAAUUUCAUAAGGGAAUGAGAUGUGACAUACAUGCUUUUCUCAUAGAUAUUAUUAAUGUUAGUCAGAAACAUAACCAAGAUUGUGGAUAGGAACUCCUUUGGUUUCUGAGUAUAUUUGGCUAAGAAUAUAAUCAAAUGAAACACCUAACAUGACCAAUACAAUACUGACCAGAAUAGCCAAAAUCAGAGAUUUCAUACUGUCCAAACAAAGUUGUCCAGUUUCUUUACCAACUGUAAAUAAAAUAUGUAAAUUAUUAUUUUAAAGAAAUGAA